AUGAUUAUGAACAGUUCAAAAUUAUUGUUUCAGGGAUAUAAUAGAAUUGUGGAUACUGUUUUCCAUUUCUUGUUGGUAUGGUAUUACUGCACAUUAACUAUUCGUGAACGUAUUCUUAUCGCCAAUGGUUCACGUAUAAAAGGAUGGUGGAAUAUUUCUCAUUUCAUAUCAACAGCAUAUGCUGGGAUUAUACUUAUUUGGCCUAGAUCUCGUUCAUAUGAUGAAUUUCGUGACCAAUUUAUGUUGUUUUCCGUAUAUCUAAACCUUGUUCAUUUUAUUCAAUAUCAAUACCAAAUAAGUUGCCUGUACAAACUUCGCACUUUGGGAUGUCGACAUCCAAUGGAUAUAACUGUUGAUGGUUUCAUGUCUUGGAUGUUUCGUCGAAUAACCUUUAUUUUGCCUUUCCUAUUUGGAGUGUAUGGUUUUGAACUGUAUAUGGCGUAUAAUCUCUAUGUGAUAUCUCAACAAAGCUAUUGCCAUGAAUGGCAGGUACUUACAGUUUCAAUAAUGUACUUCAUACUUGCAAUGGGUAGUAUUGUGACAGUCUUGCAAGUUAUACGUCAAAAGAUAUGUUCACCACCGCCUGUUGUAUUACAUGACCACUUAACGAAAAAGUACAGUUUUGCUUUACCAUCACAAAAGUUUAAUUCAUGCAGUGCAUUUGGAGAUAAUGUAGAAACGACAGAAAAAGAAAUUACGUAA